AUGAAGUUUAUUUGCUUCUUAGCUUGCUUUUUUACUUUGGCAUUCGCCAACUGUGAAGACGACGACACAUGCUUCUGCCCGGACAUUCGAUCGGAACACUAUAGAGAAUACGGUGGACAUUGGCAAUCCGAAGAACCUGAUGAUCGUCUUACAUCCUCGGAAGGGCCUGGGUGCAUUCGAAACUUGACUUGUAUGCUCUCUUUCGACACAUAUUUCUCUUCUGGCUUUCAAUGGUCGAAUAUUCCAGUUCCGGCGGAUUCUGCUGGCUCACUUUGGGUACAUGCACAGAAACCCGGUAGCACUCCACCUGGGUCCUUUGCAGACUUACAAGAACUCUUUGGAAUAAUUUGUGAAGACUUGAAAUGGAAAAUUACAAAAUUUCCAUAUGGCUAUGUUUAUAUGCAAAAAGAUACCUUUGAACAUGUUCAUGUGGAUGCUUCGAAGAUUGUUGGAAAAUCGUAUAAAGUAGAAUUGAAGACUUUCUACUGUGAUGGAGAGCUUCAUGAUAUUGAGUAUUUCAAAAACCUGGGAAAGUAAUACUGAAAAUAAACUCAUUUUAUUUCAACUUCAAGAACCUUCAAAAAUAAAUUAUGAGCGUUUAAUGAACAUUUGGGCUCCUUUUCUUGCAAGUUCAUCCGCUUUUUCAUUUCCAUCAAUUCCCGCAUGACCACGAACAUGUAGGAAUUUAACCUAAAUUCAUAAUAUUUCAGAAAAAACAGCAGGUUAACUGCCAACCUUGAGUUUUUGUCUCAAAUUAUCAAUUUUCAUGAGAACAUCCUGAUUGAGAACCUCCGAUCCUGUAGAUGUUUUCCAUCCUUUUCGCUUCCAACCAUGAAUCCAAAUGUUCAUUGACUGUACGAGAAGAUUGGAAUCAGUUUUGAUAACAACUUUUGGAAGA